GCGACAAGCGAAAGACGCGCGCGCGCGCCGAACGGCAAAGUCCGAACACUCACGACUCUUCGACAUCCUCGAGCUCAUUUAUAGUUCCUCUUAGACCAGAGGACACAGUGUUGGACUAAUGAUACACAACAUAACAUGGCCAGUCCCUCAUCUAGCAAAGUUCGGACCUACAUACUGACCGGCUGCGUCGCCGCAAUCACCGCCACCGGAGCAUGGUAUGGCGCCGGACUGAAGACACGACAGGAACACGGUCAGAAGAUUGUUACUGCUUCCACGGCAGAGCGGAUAGAGCAGAUGGAGCUUGCGAAGGCUCGUCUACUGCGCCAUCGAGCAGAGCUGCGGACGAAGAUCGACAAGCUUACGAUGACCGCUACGGAAGGCGGAAGUACUGUGACUGGAUCUCUAGGAAAGGUGUGACGGGCAUUGACCUGCGGAUUGUGACUUCAUGAUGUUAUAUCGCUAUCACGCCGACUCCGCUGUGAUGGAUGGCUCGGCUAUACGCCAUUUGAUCAUCAUAACAUCUUGACCUCGUGAUCGCAUACU